AUGUUCAACGGCCAGGGCGUCGGCGAGCGUGGCGUAAGCAAGCCGUUCAUAGUCGCCCUCAUCCUCCUGCUGCUGUUCCUGACCACCACGCAGGACUGGGGCGCCAGCCCCGGCGGUGCCGGUGAUCGGCUGCGCAGGGCGGAGCUCAGAGGGGGGCCCGGCGCGGCGGAGAAGGUCAAGGAAAAGAUAAUAUACGACCUGAGCGUCCUAAAUGAAAAACUAGAGCGCGAGAACAUGCAGCUUCAGCAGCAGGUGCUGGACACCCGGCGGGCUUUCAGGGCAUGCGUGCGUGGCGAAGAUGGUGCUGCCAUCCUCGAGAACGCUGGGUGGUCGCUAGAGGAGGAUCCCUUGAUCUUCAACGAAACCGCCCAGGCACAGCCACAGGACAGCAAUGCUGGGGCCGAGGCCCAGGAGAUCGAACCGGAGAAUUGA